AUGAAAGACAACCAGACAAUCCUCACCCCUCCAGCUGAUGCUCACACCAAGAACGCGAAGGAUGCUGGUCAGAAGGUCUUCGCCUUUGAUAGAUCAUACUGGUCGUUCGAUCGAAACGACGCCCACUAUGCUGGUCAAGACAACCUCUUCGACGACCUCGGUCAUCCGCUUUUAGAAAAUGCUUUCGCCGGUUACAACAACUGUAUCUUCGCCUACGGCCAAACAGGUUCCGGAAAGUCAUACUCCAUGAUGGGAUACGGCAAGGAGGUCGGCAUCAUCCCCAACAUUUGCCAAGAUAUGUUUAGGAGAAUCACGGCGUUGCAAGAGGACAAGACCCUGCGCUGUACAGUGGAAGUGUCAUACCUCGAGAUCUACAACGAGCGGGUACGAGAUUUGCUCAAUCCGUCAACCAAAGGCAACCUCAAGGUCCGAGAGCACCCCUCGACUGGACCAUACGUUGAAGACUUGGCAAAGCUGGUUGUUGGCAGCUUCCAGGAGAUCGAGCACUUGAUGGAUGAAGGAAACAAGGCCAGAACUGUCGCGGCAACCAACAUGAACGAGACGUCCAGUCGAAGUCACGCCGUCUUCACUUUGAUGCUUACUCAAAAGAAGUUCGAUCCUGAAACCAAAAUGGAAAUGGAAAAAGUCGCCAAGAUCAGUCUGGUUGAUUUGGCUGGUUCGGAAAGAGCAACAUCCACAGGUGCUACCGGUGCCCGGCUGAAGGAAGGUGCUGAGAUCAACAGAUCACUGUCCUCUCUUGGUCGUGUCAUCUCCGCGCUUGCUGAUAUCUCGACUGGGAAGAAGAAGAAGGGACCUGGUGGACAGGUUCCUUAUCGAGACAGUGUUCUGACGUGGCUCCUCAAAGAUUCGUUGGGUGGAAACAGUAUGACCGCCAUGAUUGCAGCCAUCAGUCCGGCAGACAUCAACUACGAUGAAACGCUCAGCACGCUUCGGUAUGCCGACUCGGCCAAGAGAAUCAAGAACCACGCGGUGGUCAACGAAGACGCCAACGCCCGCAUGAUUAGAGAACUCAAGGAAGAGCUUGCUCUCUUGCGGAACCAACUAGGCGGUGGAGUAGCCGGUGCAGCUGGAGGAGCUGCCGGUGGCGUUGUCACAUCCGAGGAGGUGUAUCCGGAAGGCACGCCACUGGAACAGCAAUUCGUGUCUAUCACAUCCAGCGACGGUGCUGUGAAGAAAGUCUCCAAGGCGGAAAUUGCCGAGCAGCUCAACCAAAGUGAGAAGCUGCUAACGGAUCUCAACCAGACCUGGGAGCAGAAACUGGCUAAAACGGAAGAAAUCCAUAAGGAGCGUGAGGCUGCACUCGAGGAGCUCGGCAUCAGCAUCGAAAAGGGCUUUAUUGGACUCUCCACUCCCAAGAAGAUGCCCCAUUUGGUCAACCUCUCGGAUGAUCCACUGCUGGCUGAAUGUCUGGUGUACAACCUCAAGCCAGGGUUGACCACGGUUGGGAACAUGGACACGAAUGCCGACAACCAAGCCAACAUUCGCCUCAACGGGACGCGAAUAUUGCAUGACCAUUGUGCAUUCGAGAACGCGCCAGAUGGUACAGUAAUGGUCAUUCCCAAAGAAGGCGCCUCUGUCAUGGUCAACGGUAAACGGAUUGAAGAGCCUAAGCAGCUUCACUCUGGUUACCGAGUCAUUUUGGGCGAUUUUCACAUCUUCCGCUUCAACCAUCCCAUGGAGGCCCAAAAGGAGAGAGCGGACAAGAGCCUCUUGCGCCAGUCUGUCACAGCCAGCCAACUUCAAAACCUCGAAAAGGGCGCACCUACACCGGCAGUCAGCCCUCGCCCAGGACAUGAACGGAAUUGGAGCAGAGCUGGUUCAGAUUUCGGCGACAGUCGGCCGGACUCUCCCAUUCCGUUCCGUGCCGGGCGCGAUAACGACUGGAGCUUCGCGAGGCGUGAGGCAGCAGAGGCCAUCCUUGGCCCAAAUCAAAACCUAGCUAGUCUCACGGACGAGGAGCUCAAUGCCUUGUUUGAGGGUAUUCAAAGAGCGCGCGCUGAGCGUGUCAACGGUCGUGAGGGCGACGAUGAUUCAGAGUCGGUCACUUCGUACCCUAUCCGGGAAAAAUACUUGUCGACUGGCACCCUUGAUAAUUUCUCUCUCGAUACUGCGCUCACCAUGCCAUCGACCCCCAAGCAGGGCGAAGUGGACGACAAGCUCAGAGAAGUACGAGAGGAGAUGCAAUCUCAGCUCGACCGGCAAAAGGAGGAGUACCAAGACCAGCUCAAGACGGCUGAAGCCGCUAAUGUUGAAGUAGAGGAGAUCAAGAAGGAGAAAGCUAGGAUGCAGGAGACAUUGCAGGCGCUCAAGGAAGACAUGCAACAGCAACUUGAGGUCCAACGCCGCCAAUUCGAGGAGAAAAUCCAAAAGAUGGAUCCACUAAAGAGGCCAAAGGCCAAUCCCAAGCUCUCCGACGAAGAGAUCGAGAUCGCGAAGCAGGUCAUCAAGCACUGGCGGACCAGACGCUACGUACGAAUGGCCGAGGCGGUCCUCCAGCACGCAUCAACGUUGAAGGAAGCACAGAUCAUGAGCAACGAGCUCGACGAAGGCGUGGUCUUCCAAUUCACUGUCGUUGACCUUGGUCAUUCUCUCUGCUCUACCUACGAUAUGGUUCUGAAUGGCUUGACGGGCGAAGGGGACGACAUCGCUCUCGACGAGGCCCAGAAGCCAUGCAUUGGCGUUCGUGUUGUCGACUACAAGAACAGUGUCGUCCACUUGUGGAGUCUCGAGAAGCUCCACGACCGAGUUCGCCAAAUGCGGCAAAUGCACCAAUACCUCGACCAACCCGAGUACGCGCAGCACCUGAGCCUCGACAACCCCUUCAUCGAAACAUGCAUGCCGCAGUACACUCUUGUAGGGGAAGUGGACGUGCCCCUCAAGGCUGUUUUCGAAAGCAGAGUCCAGGACUUUGCGCUUGAUGUCCUGUCUCCACACACCUCCCAUGCUAUCGGCAUGAUUAAGCUUUCCUUGGAGCCAUCACACGCUCGGGCACCAUCAAAUACGUUGAAAUUCAACGUUGUUAUGCAUGAGAUGGUAGGAUUCGCCGAGAGGGAGGGCACCGAGGUUCAUGCUCAGCUUUUUAUCCCCGGUGUGUCCGAGGAAGAUGGUAUCACGACUACUCAGAUGGUAAAGGACUUUGACGAGGGACCAAUUCGAUUUGAGAGCGUGCACAGCAUGAGCGUCCCUCUCUUCAGUCCGCAAAACGUCACUCUCCGGGCAGCCAUCUUCGCCAAAGUGUCCGUCAUGCACCUAGACAAGCUAUUGAGCUGGGACGAUAUGAGGGAUGCCGUACCCGUGUCCCAAGGAAAGCCCAAAGGCGCAAGGAUUGCGGAGUCUCAGUUCUAUACCGAGGAGAAGCACGAUCUGCUGGCAAGGAUACAGAUCCUUGAACUAAACGAAGAAGGAGAAUAUGCGCCCGUCGAAGUCGCGCAGACGAGCGAGAUGGACGGCGGCACUUUUCAACUCCAUCAGGGGCUGCAACGUCGCAUUGCCAUCAAUAUCACGCACAGCUCUGGCGAUGCGUUGCCCUGGGACGAUGCGAUGAAUCUCAGAGUGGGCAAGAUCCAGCUCCUGGACCAAGCGGGAAAGUCUCCAGACAUGACUUCCACGUCGCCAACCAUCACUCUCAAGCUCGCCAAUAAGCCUGCUUUCCGUGACAACGCCAACGGCACCCGAAGCAUUACACUCACCGGCCAGUGGGACUCCAGCUUGCAUAACUCUCUGCUUCUGGACAGAGUCACCGCAGAUAAGUACCGCGUUCAGAUGACAGUGGCCUGGGAAAUCAGCUCCAACAAAUUUGCGGAGCCGAUGAAGUUUGCAAUGCGUGUCUGCUGUCAGAUCAUGUCAAGAUCCUGGGUACGACAGACGUCAAUGUUUUCCUCGCUGUGGCAAAGCGUCCGGUUUGUUCAUGCAACCAGUGGUAUCUUUACGCUCUCCAUGCGACCUGCACCUAUCAAGAGAAUAGGUGACCUCUGGAGGAUGAGCAGCCAGCACGACUAUGUCAAGGGAGAAGAACAACUCACUACAUGGACUCCUCGUGGGGUUUCUCUUGUCAGCGACUUCAUCCUUGCUCGUAAGAAAAGAAGCCGGAUCGCCGAGAUUGGGGCCGCGCAGACUUGGAUCAAAAAGAUCGGCCUGCCCCAGCCAAGGGUACAGGCAGAAGAAAAGGAGACGCAAGAAGAGGACCUGCCCCCUCAGCCAACGUAUCAAGAUGACGAUGACGACUUGUUGAACGACACACCAGAGAGCUCGCAGGUGCCAGAGGACGAAGAACUUGUUGACGGAGACGCCCAGGGCACUCCGCAACCUGGAGAAGAGACGGAGACAGCGCAGACAUCUCAGGAACCAGAGAUUCCGCAACGGGAAAGGCAAAUACUCGAAAAGUGCAUCAGCCUUUGGCACAAAUACCCAGACCCACUGCUGCAAAUCCUCAGCCCGAGCAACACAGACCCACCUACAGAUGGCUCUGUACCGGAGGCGUCCGCUCCGCCGAGUCUGAUCCCAACAAUUAUCAGAGUCCCCAAGAACCCAAAAGUGCUUAAGGGAGGCUAUCUGCUGAUCCCCAAUAGCAGCUCGACGAGAUGGGUCAAGAGAUUCGUUGAGUUGAGGCGGCCAUACCUUCACAUUCACUCUGUCACCGAUGGGGACGAGGUGGCCAUUGUUAGCUUGCGAAACUCGCGUGUUGACAGUCAGCCUGGCGUUAUCGGCCUGCUGUCCGGCGACGAUGAUGAUGCGGGUUCCCAGACUAACGGCGGCAGUGAAGAGUUCCGUCCAAGCCACCGGCGGACUGCUUCCGGGCGUGUCAUCUCCACCAUUUGGACGGGCACCGGAACAGGCGGUGCAGCAAACGGCGCGAACGGUGGCCUGCAGAGGCUGAGUGAGCGACUGCAAGCCGGCGUGUUCGCCAUAUAUGGUACGGACAACACAUGGCUAUUCGCUGCGCGCAGCGAGCGUGACAAGAUGGACUGGAUCUUUCGCAUCGACCAGAGUUACUUCUCGGGAAGCGACAGUACGACUGGUAGCGGUGCAGGAAGCCCCGACAGAUACGACGACUCGCUCAUCGGCGGGUACUGA